ACAAAUCUGACACACAAUGAGGCAUUUUAUGUGCAUCACUACACCAAGCAUCUUAGCUAUUCGCUCGACUGUACAGAUGCUAUGCCCCAGUUCAUACUGAAAAUACCAACCGAACUGGAGCACUGCUGUAUCCUUCGCUAUGCAGUGUUUGCGUGUGCCGCUCGGCACCGUGGAGACAACAAAUCUGCUGAACAUGUACAUCAGCGAUGUAUUAAACUACUCGUCAGGCGCCUUGGAAAAACUCCUAUGACCCAUCACAACAAGCUCUUGUGCGCCAUAGAUAUUCUGUGCAUAUACGAACAGCUC